AUGAUAGUUGCUGCAGUUCCAAUGGGUCUCCUGUACGCAGCUUUGUUCGCUUGCAUCGCCACUACUUGUGCCUGGCAGGCACAAAUGACCAUAAAAAACCCUGAAAACAACCCGUUGCUUAACGAUCCUGCCCUUGGACCUCUCCAAAGCGCCUGGAAGGCCAUUAAUAAAAAACAGGAUGAUCCAUUUGUCCUAAUGUUUCGCUCAAAAAACCACGAACCCAGUAUUACUUGUGUCCGAGUUACAGCAUCUCUCCACGAUGAGUCAUCCAAAAUUGCAAAUUUUACGAGAACGUAUUAUAACAAGACUUCUCAAAAUAACGAGACUUUAAAGUACCAAGUAAGAGCUCUGAAUCAAACCGGCUACAAACUGGAAAAUGUCAUACGUGCAGAUUGGACUGGCACUCCAAGUGAUGAACCAACCCCUCUGGGAAGCAACAUGUACAUCGAGUAUGGUGAUUACUCCUGCAAUUCCUCAAACAAACCCCUAUCGGAUAUGGUGAGGGCCGCACGAGAGGCUGUGGGAGGUGAUUCUACAAGAAAGGAAUCAGUGGAAGGAGUUAAUUACCUUGACUUCUAUGUGGUCUACAACCAGCCGUCAUGCAAUAUUCUCAGGUCUCCUUUUCUCAAAGGAGGAUGCGACUUUUGGCUAAAGGAAUCAGAGUUGCCAAAGGUGCUGGAACGUGCCAAUAUUAUCGCGAAAGAGCAAGCUACAGCAGUGGAGACCAGGGAAGCUGGUGCUGAUGAACAAGCUUCAACAGCAAAAGAGGAAAAGAUGAACCCCGCAGAAGCCCUAUUCAGAAGUCUUCCCACCACUUGCCGCUAUGCCUUCAUAUCAGUAUGUGGAUAUCCAAAGGAUCUGAUGUACGACAAGAGCAUAUGCAACAAUAACAAAACGACAACAAACCACUCUAAUUGA